AUGGCCGGCGAAGUUACCCUCGCGGAAUAUCUUUUCCUCAGGCUGCAUCAACUCGGAGUGCGUAGUGUUCAUGGUGUUCCUGGGGACUACAACUUAGUUGCGCUAGAUUAUGUUGAACCUUCAGGACUACACUGGGUUGGCAAUGCCAACGAACUCAAUGCUGGAUAUGCAGCUGAUGGCUACGCGAGGAUCAAGGGUAUAUCAGCAUUGAUAACUGCAUUUGGAGUUGGAGAACUGUCUGCCCUGAAUGCGAUUGGUGGAGCAUAUGCAGAGAAGGCCCCGGUGGUUCAUAUUGUCGGUGUUCCGUCAACAGCAUCCCAGGAUCAGCAUCUUUGUCUACACCAUUCAUUUGGGGAUGGAAAUUUCCGCCUUAAUGCAGAGAUCUACGCCAAGUUCACAUGUGCUCAGGCAAACCUGAGAGAUAAAGAGGCUGCUCCUGCAUUGAUCGACGAGACUUUGCGCCAAUGCCUGCUCCAAAGCAGACCCGUUUAUAUUGAACUGCCCACGGACCUGGUCAAAGCUCGGAUUCCAAUUGCCAAGCUUGAAAAACCAAUUGAUCUAUCUGUUUCUCCGAAUGAUCCGGUCAUUGAGAAUUCUGCUAUCGAAGAUAUCCUCAAGCGAUUGUAUGCUGCCAAACAGCCCUUCAUUAUUGUCGACGGCUUUGCCUCUCGGUAUGGAAUAAGCUCUGAGGCAGAUGACCUCGUUCGUGUCAGUGGAAUUCCGACUUCAACUACGCCAUUUGGGAAAGGAAUCGUUAACGAGACAUAUCCGAACUUCCAUGGUAUCUACGCAGGAGCUGCAGGCAAGGAUAUAUAUGUGCCCUGGGUGAAAUCCUGCGACCUCGUUAUCCGAAUUGCACCGUUAAACGCAGACACCAAUACCUACAGCUUCACUACAUUGACAAAUCGCAACGUGACCAUCGAGGUUCACCAGAAUGGAGUGGAGGUUUGUGGAGCGUUCUAUCGUGAUCUGGACACUAAAACUCUCCUGCGAAAACUGCUCGAUCGUCUGGAUACGUCAAGGCUGCCGCGACUUAGCCCGUACCCAGACCUUGGAAAUCCUAAAAAAGAGCACGAUGAGCUCGCACAGCCGGCCCGUGACGCAAUCAUUGACCAAGAUACUUUCUGGCAGCGAAUUUCAAACUUCUUCCGCCCUGGCGACAUUCUCAUGACCGAAACUGGCACUUCAUCUUCCGGCGGAAGAGACUUCGUCUUGCCUCCACAAACAACAGUGAUCAACUCCGCUCUCUGGCUUUCGAUCGGGUAUAUGCUUGCUGCAUGCAGCGGUGCGUCCCUCGCUCAGCGCGAGAUGAUAUCAGCAAAGAGCCGCCCGAACGGUCGAACAAUUCUUUUUGAAGGAGACGGCAGUCUCCAGAUGAGCGUGCAGGCUAUUGGAGAUAUCAUUCGCAACCGCCUGGAUAUAACUAUCUUCGUGAUCAAUAACAACGGCUACACCAUUGAACGCUAUAUCAACGGUAUGCACGCGGGAUAUAAUUGGGUGCAGCCUUGGCGGUAUCUGGAGUCAGCGCGGUACUUUGGUGCUCCCGAGAACGAUCCCGAGUACCCGGUGUUCAAUAAGCGAGUCGAAAAUUGGGGCGAGUUGAUGGACGUUAUGCAAGAUAAGCAGCUGCAGGCUGGCAAGGGCUUUAACAUGGUGGAAGUUAUCAUGAAAGAAGAAGACGCACCGGUAUCAUUGAAGAACCUUGUGCGAAUGGCGGCGAAGAGAAAUGAGGGAGGUAGUGAGCCUGCAGCACCCAUAACAUCACACAAGAAGAGACGUAUUUCGCGGUUGUGA